GCUACUCACACGCUCUCAUUUCUCAGAUGACAACAAACGGAGAAGAGCCGAAGUCUGAGCUAAGAUAGAUUACAAACUAGAAACUAAAGUUAAACUCAGCCUUUCGCCUUUGGUUAAAGUGCCAAAACAACGGUGCGCAAUUACGCACAGAAAAACAAUGAGUGCCACAACAGCAAUGGAAGUGAACAUCGAAGCCAGGCGGAUCCUGGCCGUGUCUAUAAGCAAGCUGUACGCCUCCAGGACCCAGAGAGGAGGACUGAGACUUCACCGGAGCCUCCUACUCUCCCUGGUCAUGAGGUCUGCCCGGGACAUCUAUCACUCUUCGCGGGAGAGCGAGGGCCCGAACGGGGCGCAGUCAGCUCCGGAGGAGCCGAUGGACACCAGCUCCAGCCCAGGGGAACAAACCCGGCUACCAGAGCCUCAGCCAGAACCCCAGCCGGUACUUAACUCAACCGAAACGGCCCCAGAGGAGCCGGACAAUACGGAGGACGGGUGUGAUAGCGAAAUCAUAGAGGACAAAGAAAACUUAAGCCCUGCCAAGCAGUCCAGGAAACGCCGAGGGAAGGCGUCGGCGGCGCCUGACUUCCUCCCAAGUAAGAGGGCGAGGCUGGAGCCCGGGGAAGAGAGGUAUGAGGUCCCACUCGGCAGCUGUCGCGCCGGGGAGUCCCUGACCACUUUGUCUCUAAAUCGGGUUAUACCUGCCUUCUGAACAGAUGGAGGGAGAAAAUAGCCUCCUAUGGGGACUUUAGAGCGGAGUGAUUCUCUACUCCUCGUUAAGGGCGCUGUGAUCCCUUUGCGCACCGCGGAGCUGACCUACAUCAGCAGUCCCGGGACAGUGGGAUUACCGGGGCACUGGUCCGAGCUCUCCGGUCAAUCACAGUGUGCCUGCCGGGCUUGUAAAGCCCCCACAGAGAACAACAAAGCACACAAGGAGAAGAAGCGGGCCGGCAAGAGAGACGGCGGAAAGUUUGAGGAAGAACCCGAAGGGGAACUGGUUGUGUUGCUUUUUGUUUCCUGGUGAUUCACCUUCAGUUUAAUGAGUCCAAACAAGUGACUGCUGCUGACUCAAAGUGUGUGUAUGUGUGAAUCAGCAGAAAGAGACUUGAGUCAGACAGAGAAGAAGUGAAGUGGUUAACAGUUGACCAUAAACCAGCACACACACACAUACACACAAAGCCGGGACUUCAGGGAAUUUCCGGCCUUUACACCCGGAUAUCACACUGAAACACUGUUAAGAGGAAGGACAGUUGAGGCAGACACACUGCUGCGCACACAUUUACAUGCACGUUCAGCUGCUGCUGCUGUGGACUUUGAUAGAUCGAUACUACUGCUUGGGGGACUGUCCUACAUACUGUGUUCACAUGGCUGUUCACGCGGGGUUGGAAGCCCAUUAAUUUAAACUGUGUGUGUUUUAAUGUCAUUGAAACCACCUUGUUCACGUCUCGUCUGUGAAAUGAUGUUACCUCACAUUCAAAGCUGCUCUUUAAUUCAUGUGAGUGAAUUAAUGUUGUAAAUAUUUGUAAUAAACAUGUAGAAAGGUUAA